CCUCUAAUAGCGCUAUGAGUUUCACUGGUAAAGUGGCAAUUGUGACUGGUGCUGCCUCCGGGAUAGGAGCUGCCACAAUCAAAGCACUGGCCAGAGAAGGCGCCAAAGUGGUACUGGUGGAUAAAGACGAAGAAAACCUAAAAAAAGUCGCAACGCAAUGCGAGCAGCACGGCAAAAAACCUCUAGUCAUCAGAGCAGAUAUGAAUAAAGAUGAAGAAGUUAAAACCAUAGUGAAAGCAACCAUCGAUCGAUUUGGUCAAUUAGACAUACUGAUCAAUAAUGCUGGGAUUGGUGGUGAGGUACCCAUAUUAGACCAAAACUUUAUGGAAAGCUACGACCUCAUUAUGGACACGAAUCUCCGCUCAAUGGUCCAUUUGACGCACCUUGCUGCGCCUUACCUGAUCAAGACUAAAGGCAACGUCGUCAAUACUUCAAGCAUGACUUCUCUUCGCGUUUUUGAAGGACUAGUUACGUAUUCAAUUUCGAAAGCAGGUGUAGAUCACUUCACGCGCUGCGUAGCUUUAGACCUCGCUGCUCAUGGCGUUAGAGUAAAUGCUGUGAACCCUGGAUUCACCAAGACGAAUAUAAUGCAAAACUGUGGUUUACCAAACGAUGAUAAAGCUUGGGAGUACUGGAAAGAUCGCACCGCGUUGAAAAAGCUAGUGGAGCCUGAAGAGAUCGCAGAUUUAAUUCUGUUCUUAGCCAGUGAUAAGGCUAGGAGCAUUACUGGGUCGACGUAUGUUUGUGACAACGGUAGUCUUUUGAUAUAA